GUUGGUGGACAGCAGAUUGUCCGCGUUAUUAAGUGGGUUUGGGGGCGUUUCUUGUCGCCUCGCAGGACACGCCCUCCUCACCUAGUAGUUCUCCCCUGUUCAGCAUCCUAGAGCUGGUCCAAAGUGAUUCCUCUGGGAAGAUCGGAGCGUGAAUCACCGGAGCAGGAGUCGCUGUUAAUUGCGCGUAAUCUUCCAGUGCGCGCGGAGGAGGAAGACUUUUUUUGUAAACAGAGCCACGGCGGAGGAAGCUGUUUCAUCUCGUUGCCUUUCUCGACUGUGGGACUGUUUGCUGAGAGACAACACCUCACAUUUUACGCGUGCGUUCGUCAGCCGCACUUUGAUCCAGCGGAAUGUCUCCGUCUCAUGCGGCGCUUCUGCUCUUUCAUCGUCGCUCCUCUCCGCUGACACGACGCGCGGCGCUCACCCUGGAUGCUGACAGCUCCACUCUCCUUCCACACGUCGCGUCCUUUUGUUUACUUUGAGAAACACGCGCGCAACUAAACGCCAAGUGAAAGAGACCACGGCACUUUGCUCCAGUGACAGCGCGAUCAAACAGACGCAAAAGAGACACAGAGAGAGAGACAGAGAGAGAGAGAGGAGGGGGGACAGACAGGGGAGGAAAAACGGAGGGAGCCGAGGAGUGAGAGGAGAGAGAGAGAAAGAUAACGACAGCGUGAAGGUGCGUUUUGAUGUUUGGCAUCCACGACAGCAUCCACAGGAGUGGGAGUAGUAUGAAAGAGGAGCCCAUGGUGGCCGGGAUGAACGCGGUUCGGACAUGGAUGCAGGGCGCCGGAGUGCUGGACGCCAACACAGCCGCCCAGAGCGGAGUGGGGCUCGCUCGGGCGCACUUCGAGAAACAGCCGCCCUCCAACCUGCGCAAGUCCAACUUCUUCCACUUCGUGCUGGCUCUGUACGACAGACAGGGUCAGCCCGUGGAAAUAGAAAGAACCACCUUCGUGGAUUUCGUGGAAAAGGAAAAGGAAACAACGGGAGAAAAGACCAACAAUGGGAUCCAUUAUAGACUUCAACUCCUCUACAGCAACGGAAUCAGAACAGAGCAGGACUUGUAUGUGCGUCUCAUCGACUCUAUGACUAAACAGGCAAUUGUCUACGAGGGUCAAGAUAAAAACCCAGAGAUGUGCCGUGUCCUGUUAACCCACGAGAUUAUGUGCAGCCGGUGUUGUGAUAAGAAGAGUUGUGGCAACAGGAAUGAGACCCCGUCAGACCCCGUCAUCAUCGACAGGUUCUUCCUCAAGUUUUUCUUGAAGUGCAACCAGAACUGCCUGAAGAACGCAGGGAACCCUCGAGACAUGAGGCGCUUUCAGGUGGUCGUAUCGACGACAGUGAGCGUGGACGGACACGUCCUGGCCGUCUCUGACAACAUGUUUGUGCACAACAACUCCAAACACGGGCGCCGCGCUCGAAGGCUGGACCCCUCGGAAGGAACUCCGUCCUACCUGGAACACGCAACCCCUAGCAUCAAAGCCAUCAGCCCCAGUGAAGGGUGGACCACAGGGGGUGCUACAGUCAUCAUCAUAGGCGACAACUUCUUCGACGGCUUACAGGUCAUCUUUGGGACCAUGCUGGUCUGGAGUGAGCUGAUCACCCCCCAUGCCAUUCGUGUGCAGACGCCACCCAGACACAUCCCCGGGGUGGUGGAGGUCACGCUGUCCUACAAAUCCAAACAGUUCUGCAAAGGCACACCUGGACGCUUUAUUUACACAGCGCUCAAUGAGCCAACCAUAGACUACGGCUUCCAGAGGUUACAGAAGGUCAUCCCCAGACACCCCGGAGACCAAGAGAGAUUACCCAAGGAGGUGAUCUUGAAGCGAGCGGCAGACUUGGUAGAGGCCUUGUACGGGAUGCCUCACAAUAACCAGGAGAUGAUUCUGAAACGAGCAGCAGAUAUCGCGGAGGCCCUGUAUACGACAGUGCCACGAGGGCACAAUCAGCUAGCCGGCCUUGGUAGCGGCUCUGUCCACGCUGGCAUGAUGGCUGUAAACUCCUUCACUGGGUCAGAGGUCGCACAAACAGCCAAUCAGGGUUUCAGCAGGAGCACAAGCAGCGUGUCUCCUCACGGUUAUGUCCCCAGUUCCACUCCCCAGCAGAGCAGCUACAGCUCCGUCUCAACUAGCAUGAAUGGCUAUGCUAACUCCGGCAUGGCAACCUUGGGCACCUCGCCCAAUUUCCUCAACGGAUCUGCAGGCAACUCGCCCUAUGCUAUCGUCCCAUCCAGCCCCACCAUGGCCUCGUCGACCAGCUUGCCCUCCAACUGCAGCAGCUCUUCUGGCAUAUUCUCCUUCUCUCCAGCCAACAUGGUGUCUGCCGCCGUCAAGCAAAAGAGCGCCUUUGCCCCUGUUGUGCGACCCCAGAACUCCCCUCCGCCCACAUGCACCAGCGCUAAUGCUAACAGCCUCCAAGAUCAGUCUUUUGUGGACUCUAGCAAGUACUCAUCAGCCAGCUCUCUGCAGGGCCUGGCCUUCUCCUGAACAAUUCCCGGGAUGAUCGUUCCGCCCAUGUAGAGGAUCUGGGAUAGUUGGCGAUUUGGGAAUGCUGAGAGAAAAAGACGCAUUGGCGGAGUCUGGCGAGUCUCUCUCUUAAACUCCGGAGCUGAACUGAAGGAAGUCAAGAUAAGACACAGGACUCUGUUUAACUCAGGCCUUUCCAGUAGGAUUUCAUCUGAAGGGAUAAAGGGAGGAAAAAAAGGACAAACGGAACCUUUGUGAUGUUAUUUCUCUUUUGGUUGAAUUAGUUUAGCUUCUCUGACCUUGCGUUGGAUGGAGUGUACAGAGACUGAUAGUUUGCCCACAGUGUGACACUGACCUCAUGAACAGAGCAUUUAUUUAUCUUUAUGUUUAUGCCUGUAAGCCUCGGCUUUGAUUAGCGGCGGUUCCGCACCAUUUUGCAACCCAUAACUCGCACAAACAAUAGCGAAGCGUCGGUUCGGCCAUGAAGUUUACAUAACCUCCUGAGCUCACUGCUUACUAAACCGACAGAGCAACACACUGGCCAAGUGGAACUAAAGUCAACAACAAAACAACAAAACCACCAAAUCAAUUUUUGCUGCUAAUUAUCCCAGAAAUUAAAAAUAUAUAUAUAUAUCAAGAUAGUAGUUGAAAAUCAUAAAACAUGCUUUUUUUUUUAUUUGUAUGUUUUGUUUUGUGCGAUUUCUUAAUGAAACUGUGAGGAUUGAGCUGUUUGCAAUAUGCUUUUUUUCCCGCUUGUCACAUGACAAAAAAUGGCGCUGAUGUUACAAUUAGCCAAAACAAUGUUGGAUUUUCGGGAAGACUUGAAAAGCCAGAGGAUGUAUGCAUCCAGCCAGCACUGUACUGAAGGAGUCGAACAAAUGUCAAAUUAGAAUAAAUGCGUGAUAUAUGUGAUAUAUUUUUGUACAUAAAAAAAGUUACAUUUUUCAUUUGAUAUUUCUUUGUUUUGUUUUGUUUUUUGUUUGUUUGUUUGUUUGUUUGUUUGUUUGUUUGUUUGUUUUUUUGCAAUAGCUCCAAUUUGAAAUGUAAACAUUAAAUGUCUUAAGGCAGCUUCUCAGUACAGAUGAUAGAUUUACUGUGUGUUGUCGGUAUCUCAUCCGCUAAACGUGAUGGAUUUGGAUACAAAAAGGGGAUUUCUGUAAAAUAUCCUAUAAAUAAUGUAUUUAUCCCUUGUAUUUGUACAUUGCCGCUCACCCUUGUUUAGUUGUGUUGUGUAAGUUUAAUACAGUAAAAGAACAAAUUUCAUUUUGUUUCAUUAUUUACUGUUGUCUGUCACUAUUUAAAUGUGAAAUUUUUAUAUAUUUUUUUGUUUGGUUUGGUUUUGUAUGUUGUUUUCCAUUGUAUACCAUACCUUCAUUUGUUGAUUCAAACAUGCCAUUGUCUAUUUUUGUAUUAUAAGUUAAUAAAAAAAAACUUUCCCCCCUUAUGAAAAUGUUUAUUGUACGGCAAAAAGUAGCAUCUUAUUCAGAGUAUUUGGUUGAAGUAGAUUUUUUUAAGAAUAUAUACACACAUUAAUAUAUACUGUAAAUCUAUAUCUUUUUUUGUUUGACCUCUUUGAGGCUUUCAGAUUGAUGCUGUUCUUAACUGAUAAUAUGCAUGGGUUCUUCUCUUGAUUACACUUUCUUUUUUGUGUGUGUGUGUUGAAAAACGGAGAACUAAGAGACGCUUUUGUUCUUUCUUUGUGUUCCUUAAUUUUCCCUGUUUUUUUUUUUUCUUUUCCUCAUGUUAUUUAUGCCUGCUUACACACUUGUAUCUGCAUAUGUUGUUUUUUUUGUUUGUUUCCCUGUCACUGUAAUCUUUACCAGCAGUCUAGAUGCCUUAACAAUGCAAACCCAUUCUUCAUUCAAUCACAUGUACAGUUUUCUACCCUCACCACAAUUGUCUGUUUGCCACAGAGGAAUUCAUGGGAACUUGGGGACAAAGCACAAACCCACUGUGUUUGGUGGUGAAGCCAGACUAGAAUACAAAGAGCCAUAAUUCAACGAUCGCAUACACCCCGAUGUACUAUAAUAUUACAGCAAUGGCACGCUUUGACGAGCCGACAACCGAGGGGCCCUCAGCUGUGCUCAUUGCAUUUUAGUGUUCACAGAAACACUUUUUGGUCUUUUUUUUUUUUGGUAGCACUUAUGCAGCUUUUUUUGGAAUAAUGAAAUAAAAAUGCAUGGUAAUAGUAUUUUUUUUUUUUCCUCUCCGUCGACAGGACUACUUAGGGCCACACGGGGAAGACAAGCACUUGAUCGGCACAAUUUCAAAUCACACUCGGAGCCGUUUUUGACUCCCGACUUGGUCUGUGCUCCCUCUCUUUCUCUAUUAGCCUGUGGAUAAUACGGCUUCAUUACGCACUAAACAGAAUAAAAGCGAGUGAGAAAACAUGAAUGAGAGUGAUUUUGCCCCUCAGUCAUUUCUGCAGUCUUUUCAUUGUGUGUGCCGUGUGUCUUGAAGCUGUUGCUGGACAGAGAAUAGGGCUUUUCUCUCUGCUUUUAUUUUCUAGAGUCUGGUUUUGUUAAGUGGAUAGAAAGAGCCGUUUUAACAGAGGCGCCUGCUGACAGACGAGUGUUUUUCCGGCACUUGUGUGGCUACGCUGGUCCGGGACAGGACGGGAGGGGCCGCACCUUAUCUGUUUCAAAUGAACUACAGAGGUCUGUUGUCAUACAAUAGCUUCUUUGUAAGCAAGGUUCCAUCCUGAUUAUGAAUACUGGUAAUGGGUGACAAAAAAUUUGUAUUUACGUAACAAAAAAAACAAAAAAGAUUCAAACCAAAUAGCUGGUGUCUAUUUUUUUUUUCCUGUGUUUUGUCUUUGACUGCAAAUACACUGAACAGCUCUAUGAUAUAAGGGAAGAAAAAAAUCUACUGUAUAGAUUGUUAAUGUUUUUGAUGAAAAUUGAGCUGUAAGAUAACUUUUGAAUUCUCACAAUGUUGAAUUAAAGUUACCUCUUGUCUGUGA